AUGGGAACGGCCAAACGGAGGAUUGCUGUCAGUCUGUCACUUCUGGAUUCAAGAACCAAAGCCAGGAAAUACAUAUCAGAGCAUAUGAUGAAGAAGAAGGGUGUUAGCAUAUUUGCAUUAUGGGAGAAAGCUGCAAAGGCCAAAAAAAUAGCCUCCACAUCCACACCAAAUGAUGUUGAGAUUGAGAGUAAUGGGAGUAAUAUGCAGUUAGCACUUGUGCCAGCACAGAAUGAUGGAAAUUUUGAUGAGGUUGACAAGGUGGUUCUAAAGAAUUCUCUACAAAACUGUAAGAUUACAUGCCAUGAAAUACAACAUGAGUUCAUCAAGUCUUGUGCCCAAGAAACUACUAAGCUAGUCAUUGAAGAACUUGGUGGUCAACAUUUUGCAAUACUUGCUGAUGAGUCUGCUAAUGUGUAUCAGAAUGAGCAGCUAGCUGUUUGCUUGCGUUAUGAUGAUAAAAAAGGACCAGCAGUUGUCAGGUUUCUUGGUAUUGCCCAUGUUGAAGAUACUAGUGCCAUGACACUUAAGGCUGCACUGGAGCAGAUGCUUAUGAAGUAUAAUUUGACCUUUGCAAUGCUACAAUUAACUCUUGUUGCUGUUGCUAAGGAGAGUGGGGAUUGCACAUGGUUUUUUGGACAGCUUGUUAUCUUGUUAAAUGUUCUUAGAAAUUCUUGUAAAAAGAUGAGAAUGCUUCGAAUGGCUCAGGAUGAGGAACUCAUUGAUGCAUUAGAGUUGGAGGAAGCGUGUUCAGUGAAGAUUGGAAAAGAGUAUACUACAACGGAGGCCCAAGCAGCUAUGACUAUGUUGACAUCAUUUCGGUCAUUUGAGUUUGUAUUCAUGGCACACUUGAUGCAAGAAAUAUUUGGUUAUACUGAGGACUUGAGUAGAUCUUUGCAAAAGAAAGAUCAAGAUAUUGUGAAUGCUAUGGAGCUUGUUAAUCUUACAAAGUUUCAUUUGCAAUGCUUGCGGGAAGAGGAAGGAUGGAAUGGUUUUCUUCAAAGGGUCACUUCUUUUUGUGUGAAGUACAAGAUUGAAGUUGUUGACAUGGAGGGUCCUUAUUAUCCUUUUGGGAGACCUAGAAGAGGGUUCUAUAAUGGCGCAAUGAACUAUCACUGCUUCCAUGUUGAUAUGUUUGUGAGCAUCAUUGAUAGGCAACUUCAAGAACUAAAUGACAGAUUUGAGGAGGUAAACACAGAACUACUUUCUUGCAUGGCAGCAUUUAGUCCACUUAAUUCAUUUGCUGCUUAUGAUCAAGCCAAGUUGGUUACACUUGCUACAAAGUUUUAUCCUAAGGAUUUCACAACUGAGGAAUUAUCAAAACUUCUAUGGCAGCUUACUAUGUACAUUUCUCAUGUUCAUAGAGAUGAAAGGUUUCAAAAUUUGAAGAACCUAUGUGUGCUUUCAGUUAAGCUUGUGGACACUGAAAAAGAUGAACAAUAUUAUAUUAUUUACAAGCUUCUUAAGUUGGUGCUAAUUCUUCCCUUAGCCACUACUAGUGUUGAAAUAGUGUUUUCCACGAUGAAUUUUGUGAAGAACAAGCAAAGGAACAAAAUGGGUGAUGAAUAUUUGAACAAUUGCUUGGUUACAUUUAUUGAGAGAGAAUUCUUCAGUCGAGUGAAAGAUGAGGAUAUCAUCAAUCUCUUCCAAUAA